AUGCAACAACAGGUUCUAUCCGACGCCCAACUUAAGAAAUUAAGACGGAAGGUAACGGACCGCUUCACCAAUAAGAAGUAUUUACCUAAACCAAAGAUCUAUAAUUCAUUACCUACAUGGUUGCAGCAUUAUUAUUUGGUUUUCGGGAAAACAGAUUUGGGUGAGUUUAAAGAAAGUACGACUUGGAGAGAACAGCCUUGUGAGGCUCCAAUGGAUGAAAAUGAGCAGUUGGAAAAAAGAGUAGAACAGACUCUGGAUGUGGUUGUGAAGCUCCUUUCUUUUAUCAACAGUGAUAUGUUAGCAAAGCAGGAAGAAGAAUCAGACAAAAUUAGGGCAAUAAUGAUAAAAGAGGAGGAGAAUAAUUUGAACAAGAAGAAUAACAAAAUGAAACAUCCAAAGAAAAGUAAAACCAAACUGCACGGAAAAGAGUGUUCAACCACAUACUCGGCCCAAACAGCUCAAACAACAAAUGCUGGUGUUUCUAAAAAAGCAUGUUUAAAUGAUACUCCUUCAAGCAAUCCUUUAUCAAGCAAAGACGUUCAAGAGGUUAAACCAGGUUCAAGCCUUGAUGGAAAAGCUCUUUGGGUAGAGCAGAGCAACGAAAGCAAAGAAGGAGAGGAAGACAAUCGAGAAGUUGAUUACAAGGACGUUUCAAAUCAACAUGAGGCGGAAGAACCUCCUCGUUUUGCCAAUGCUGUAGAGGGUUCAGAAUCUCAUCGUGAUUUAAAGUCUCUGAUUUUGUUGAAAUUUGAUGCAAUAGAGAACAGGAUUAUCACAUUAGAGAACAAGAUUGAUAAUGUUCACAACACGUUAGAGAAAAAGAUGGACAACAUUCAAAACCAAGUUGAUCGUCUUGCAGGAUCCAAUUAUGAAAACUAUAUUAGACUCAACAUCAUUCGCAAAUUUGACAUUCCGUUCCAAAAAUUCUUCAGUCCUUUAAAAUUGUCGAAAAUAGACUAUGAUUUGGAGUUUCAUAAUGCACAGGUUGAGCUAGAGAAGAGAAACUGGAACGACAAAGUAACACUUCUCACUGAUAAGCUCUCAAGUGAUCCUCCAUCUAUUGAAUUUAAUUUUGUUGGAGAGAAAGAAGAUGAAAAUAUAAUCGUUGAGGCAACAGUGCAAAACAUUACUAAAGAGGAAGUGUGGAAGAAAAAGUUUCUCCAAUUGGAACGUCAGCUCACUUUCUAUCAGCAUUGCAAGAAAACAUCUGUACACAGAGCUGUUUUAGUUUCUCCAAGGGAUUGGACAGAGGAAGAUUUUGCAAAGUGUGUUCAACAAUUGAAAACAAUGAUUCCAUUAUUAGAAGCAUUGCACAGUCAGAACAAAUUUUGCUAUGAACAAAUAAAUGACUAUCAUGACAUUUAG